AUGUACGCUCGUUCUUUGCUGUUGGCUGCUGCCGCGUGCGUCGUUCCUGCCGUGCAGGGCGACUUUUAUAUUGUGACCGAGUUUCCUGUUCCAACGAGUUUGAUUCCUUCGUUCAGUAAUAGUGAGGAUGCCAAAUCCUGGACCUCCUCCGUCGUCUUCAAUGCCGAAAUCUCCUACUCGCGCCUCACCGCCGCCCUGGGCCCCACCCACGCCUCCUCCGCCUCGUCCAUCGCCUCUCUCGUCUCCGAGUUCGUCGUCACCGCUACCUCCAACUACAGCAUCCCGGCCAAGGUCACGGAGCCGGAUCAGACGGAGCGCAUCAUAGGGAAGCCGGCUUGGUACACGGCGUUGCCGAGCGAGGUGCGGAGUUGGAAGGAGCGGGAGUGGGAGACGAUGAAGAGUGUUGCUAGUGGGGUCGUGGCGGCGCGGUUGACGACCACGAGGAGUAAGGGCGCGGCGCCGGUGCAGACGGCGGUGCCCGGGUUGGGGGGUGUGGGGUGGGCGGUUGCGGGGGCGGCGGCGGCGGCGUUCUUCUAG